GCUUGAUGAGUUUAUUUUAUCAGCAGAUAUAAAUAAAAGAAAGAACCACUAAUAAAAACAGUUUCUUUCUUCUUCGUCCUUUUUGUUUUAUUUUCAAGAAAACAAACUAAAUUAUCUGGCAACCACUACCAGUGUGAAGGCUCCAGUUUCCGGUGGCAGCCCACCUCUGGAUCCCACUUUGUUUUCCCUCUGUAAUCCAUCUUUUGAGGGUUUCCAUUUGCCCUUAUUUUUGUCCUGGUUUGAAUUGUUCGAUUAUUCAGUGAGCUGUGUUUGCAUCUUUUGAGUAGCUAAGCAUUUUCCGGCUGAUUGAUUUGCCAAUCAGUUUCUGGGUGGUGAUUUGUUGAUGGGAUCGAAGCCAUGGCUUUACCCGGCUCCGGCCUACCGACCUCUGGAGAGCUAUUGGGACAGUGACGACGAUGCGCCAGGGCCGCGUUGUGGUCACACACUCACCGCCGUCUCCGCCACUAAAACCCAUGGCCCCCGCCUCAUUCUGUUCGGCGGGGCCACCGCCAUUGAGGGAGGCAACGGCGGAGCUCCCGGCAUUCGGCUAGCUGGAGUGACAAAUUCUAUCCAUUCAUAUGAUGUUCUCACCAGAAAAUGGACGAGACUUCGACCAGCGGGUGAGCCGCCAUCACCUAGGGCUGCACAUGCUGCGGCAACUGUUGGCACCAUGGUUGUUUUUCAGGGUGGGAUAGGUCCUGCAGGUCAUUCGACAGAUGAUUUAUACGUGCUUGACUUGACAAAUGAUAAGUUCAAGUGGCACCGAGUUGUUGUUCAAGGACAGGGUCCAGGGCCUAGAUAUGGCCAUGUCAUGGACUUGGUUGCUCAACGUUAUCUUGUUACUGUUAGUGGCAAUGAUGGUAAAAGAGUGCUGUCAGAUGCUUGGGUUUUAGAUACUGCACAGAAACCAUAUGUGUGGCAGAGGCUUAAUCCGGAAGGUGAUAGACCUUCUGCUAGAAUGUAUGCAACGGCUAGUGCCCGGUCAGAUGGCAUGUUUUUGCUCUGUGGCGGCAGAGAUGCUUCAGGCACGCCACUAGCAGAUGCUUAUGGACUACUUAUGCAUCGGAAUGGACAGUGGGAGUGGACUCUUGCACCUGGAGUUUCACCUUCGUCAAGGUAUCAACAUGCUGCGGUUUUUGUCGGUGCUAGAUUGCAUGUAACUGGCGGUGCUCUUAGAGGUGGACGAGCAGUAGAAGCCGAUGCUGCAGUUGCAGUGCUGGAUACUGCAGCCGGAGUUUGGCUCGACAGAAAUGGGCUGGUGACUUCACGAGUAAAUAAAGGACAUAGUGACUCAGAUCCCUUUUUGGAGUCUAUGCGUCGAUGUCGCCAUGCAGCUGCAUCUGUUGGUGUUCGAAUAUAUAUUUAUGGUGGACUUAAAGGAGUUCAUGAAGUUACAUGUUUGGUUGCAUUCCUAGUAGUGAUCUGCUCGUGUAGUCGUAUUGCUUAUACACGCAAAACUGCAGCCAUGAAAAAUCUGUUUAUUUCGACCCUGAGUAGUCAUUUUGAGUUCGAAAAUAACCAUGGCAGUUAUUGGACUGCAAAUUUAAGCGAUAUGCUGUUAGAUGAUUUUCUAGUAGCCGAAAACUCUCAAUUUCAAUCUGAUAUCAGUUCCCCUGUAUCCGCAUCAGAGAGAUCAUUUGCUCCUUCUAGUCCAAGAUCAAACACUGCUGCUAAUUUAAGUCCAUUUUCCCCAAUAUCAUCAACCCCAGACGACAGAUCUGAAACACCCUCUGGUUUUCUUGGUAUGGACAAAAAUUCUAUGGAAAAACUGGCUGAGGCAUCUGCUGCUGAGGCCGAGGUUGCUAAUGCCGUCUGGCAAUCAGCUCAGGCGGCUUCAGCCACUGUUGAGGAAACAUCCUUAUCAGAUGUUAAUUCGCAAUCUGCUGAGACCACGAUGUCCGAUUAUAGCGAUUCAGAGGGAGAUGUUCGGCUUCACCCUAGAGCGGUAGUUGUUGCAAAAGAAGCUGUUGGGAACUUGGGAGGAAUGGUUAGACAGUUAUCCCUGGACCAAUUUGAAAACGAGAGUAGAAGGAUGAUUCCAUCACAUAAUGAUUACUCAAAUCCUACUAAAAGGUUUACAAGGCAAAGAUCUCCUCAAGGCUUGCAUAAAAAGGCAAGUGUCACCAGAGUUAUAUCGACUUUGUUGAGGCCUCGAAACUGGAGACCUCCUGUCAACAGAAAGUUUUUUCUUGACUCUUAUGAGGUUGGCGAGCUUUGUUAUGCUGCUGAGCAGAUUUUCAUGCAGGAGCCUACCGUUCUUCAGCUGAAAGCUCCCGUUAAGGUUUUUGGAGAUCUUCAUGGACAGUUUGGUGAUUUGAUGCGUUUGUUUGACGAAUAUGGGUUUCCUUCCACUGCGGGAGACAUAACGUGAGUUUUAUUUAUUGUUUGUGAAUCUUCUUUAUCAACGUUGUUAUUUCUAGUGUUGUGGGAGAAAAUAUGUUAUUGAAAAAAAAAAUGUUUUUUAUUAUUUGUGGGUUUUAUACCAUGCAUGUCUCAACUCUUAUCAUUUUUUUUUAUUAUCCCUAACCUAGUGCUUUUUCAGAACAA